AUGAGGCUAUGCUCACAAAUCCCACCUAAAACCGGAGGCGAGGUGCCCGGCUUUUGGUGUAGACAGGGGCUCUACCUGCCCUCCUGUUCUGCCCAUAAAACGAAAGAGGACUCUUGGAAGCCGAGAAAGGUUGGAGAAGUCUUUCUGGACGGAGGCAAGCGUCGCCAAGCAGCACAGCACUUGGCUGGCGCGGGCUCCAAGGGGCGGAGGUCCAGGAUGGGCUUGCUGAAGGGACUUCUCGGAGCCAGGAAGCUGCUGCUCGUCAUCCUCGUGCCGCUCCUGCUGCUGCCCCUGCCCAUGCUCUACCCCAGCAGCGAGGCCUCAUGUGCUUAUGUGUUGAUCGUGACCGCCGUGUACUGGGUGUCCGAGGCAGUGCCUCUUGGAGCUGCAGCCCUGGUGCCUGCCUUCCUCUACCCGUUCUUCGGAGUCCUGCGAUCCAGCGAGGUGGCGGGCGAGUACUUCAAGAACACCACGCUGCUGCUGGUGGGCGUCAUCUGCGUGGCGGCGGCCGUGGAGAAGUGGAACCUGCACAAGCGCAUUGCUCUGCGCAUGGUCCUGAUGGCUGGAGCCAAGCCGGGCAUGCUGCUGCUCUGCUUCAUGUGUUGCACCACGCUGCUGUCCAUGUGGCUCUCCAACACGUCCACCACCGCCAUGGUCAUGCCCAUCGUGGAGGCCGUGCUGCAGGAGCUGGUCAGUGCCGAGGAGGAGCAGCUCGUGGCUGGCAACCCCAGCGCCGAAGAGGCCGAGCCCAUAAAUCUCGAUGUAAACAACAGCCAACCUCCCCUGGAACUCAUCUUCGUCAAUGAAGACACGUCGAACGCAGACUUCAGUUCCCUGAUGCAGAACAAGAACCGGAAUGGUGUGCCCACAGUCACCAACUCUGCCGAAACAGCAAACCUCCCAGGCAGGAAGCAGCACCCAUCCCAGGAAAAGCCACCAGUCCUCACCCCCAGCUCCAGGAGCCAAGAGCUCAAAAGAAAGUACAAGUCCCAGCACGACCAAAUGAUCUGCAAGUGCCUCUCUCUGAGCAUCUCCUAUGCCGCCACCAUCGGGGGCCUGACCACCAUCAUCGGCACCUCCACCAGCCUCAUCUUCUUGGAGCACUUCAACAACCAGUAUCCGGCUGCAGAAGUGGUCAACUUUGGCACCUGGUUCCUCUUCAGCUUCCCCAUCUCCCUCAUCAUGCUGGUGGUCAGCUGGUUCUGGAUGCACUGGCUGUUCCUGGGCUGCAAUUUUAAGGAGACCUGCUCUCUGAGUAAGAAGAAGAAGACCAAAAGGGAGGAGUUAUCAGAGAAGAGGAUCCAAGAGGAAUAUGAGAAGCUGGGAGCCAUCACCUACCCGGAAAUGGUCACUGGAUUCUUCUUCGUCCUGAUGACCGUGCUGUGGUUUACUCGGGAGCCUGGCUUUGUUCCUGGUUGGGAUUCCUUCUUUGAAAAGAAGGGCUAUCGCACCGAUGCCACGGUCUCUGUCUUCCUUGGCUUCCUCCUCUUCCUGAUUCCAGCGAAGAAGCCUUGCUUCGGGAAAAAGAGAGAUGGGGACGACCGGGGGCCCUCGCCGGGCAUGGAGCCCAUCAUCACGUGGAAGGACUUCCAGAAGACGAUGCCCUGGGAGAUCGUCAUUCUGGUGGGAGGAGGCUAUGCCCUGGCUUCUGGCAGCAAGACCUCUGGCCUCUCCACGUGGAUCGGGCAGCAGAUGCUGUCUCUGAGCAGCCUCCCACCUUGGGCUGUCACCCUGCUGGCGUGCAUCCUGGUGUCCAUUGUCACAGAGUUUGUGAGCAACCCAGCCACCAUCACCAUCUUCCUGCCCAUCGUGUGCAGUCUGUCUGAAACGCUGCAAAUAAAUCCACUCUACACCCUGAUCCCGGUCACCAUGUGCAUCUCCUUUGCAGUGAUGCUGCCAGUGGGCAAUCCCCCCAACGCCAUCGUCUUCAGCUACGGGCACUGCCAGAUUAAAGAUAUGGUGAAAGCUGGUCUGGGGGUCAAUGUCAUUGGCCUGGUGACAGUGAUGGUGGCCAUCAAUACGUGGGGAAUAAGCCUCUUCGACCUCAACACGUUUCCUGCCUGGGCCAAGGUCAGUAAUAUCACUGAUCAGGCCUGACCACUGCGGGCGAACAGCCCGACCCCAGGAGCGACCAGCACCCAGCAGAGGCUGACCAACAGGCUGAGAGGACCACCAGGAGCACAGGACCCCCUCAGAAGAUUCCUCCAUCUUCCACCUCCGGUGACAUGCAGAGAGCCUCCAAGCACAAUGCACGGGCCCAGACGUCAGUGUCCUCCGCUCUGCCCUCCUUCCUCAGCGCUGCAGUGGAAGGAAACCUAAAACCCUUCUCCCUCCCUUGUAGCUUGUCUCUCCCACCAGCUCUUUCUGAAAGCUGGCAAGAGACAAGUCUGUCUUCGUUGCCCCUCAGAGGCUAAGCCUCACAAACUGACCAGUCCCCCUGGGUUUGAUGUUAUUCUUAAAUUCUCAGCCCCGUUUAGGAAUAGAAGAAAACCCAAAUCAUGCUACCAAGUGCAGAGAGUGAAACCAGUGUCAUCUCCUCUUCGGGGGAAAAGUCUCACCCAGAACCUGAGACCUGACAUCGGCUCCUUUCUCUUAGGUGUUUCUCGCCAAGCUCUCCCCACAAAAGGGCAGUUCUUAGGGGGGCCUCUUUGUGGCCAUCAGUACUCUUAUCACUCCUCUUUUAAGUAUCUCUCAUCAAUGGCUUCUCUAUACCGUGGCACCAAAUCCCUGCAAAGAAACAGUGUCCCCUGCAGAAUGAGGCUGGUGCUGUUCUCUGUCAAAGGAAAAGGAGGCAGAAAGAAGACACAUUGAGAUCAGUGUCUCUCUCUCCACUCAGCACUAACCAUCAAUACCACCAUGCUGGUUAAGCAUUGGGAGGAAGGAAAAACCUUCAUAGUUCAUACCUGUCUUACUGAGGAGGCGGAAACUAAGGCCACAGCACUAUUAAUGAUAUGUCGAUGGGUUUUCUUCAGGAGGCAAUGAGUAGUUCGCCCCCAAAAAGAUAAGCACAGUUGA